AGAGAUUCAAGUGGGAAACAGAGGGGAAAUCCAGAGACAAGCCAGCGGGGGAAUUAGGAACUGUGACGCCGUGUCCUCUCCUGUGCCCGGAGCAAGCAAAGGAAAGAGAGGUAGAGGAAAAAAGACUGAGCUUUGCAACCGGCCAUCACCCUGACGAUGUGUCAGUCAAACACCCUGCAGGGACCAGAUCUGCACACAGGGAAAUGGUUGCAGUUUCCCCAGCUGGCCCUGAGGCGAAGGUUGGGCCAGCUGAGCUGUAUGUCUAGGCCUGCUCUGAAACUCCGUUCUUGGCCUCUGACUUUUCUCUAUUAUCUUCUGCCUUUCGGUGCUCUUAAACCCUUGACCAGAGUGGGAUGGAGGCCUAUGAGCAGGGUUGCCCUCUACAAAUCGGUACCAACUCGACUGCUCUCACGAGCCUGGGGUCGCCUGAACCAGGUGGAGCUGCCAACAUGGCUCAGAAAGCCUGUGUACAGCCUGUACAUCUGGACAUUUGGAGUGAACAUGAAGGAGGCAGCUGUUGAAGAUCUGCAUCACUACAGAAACCUCAGCGAGUUCUUCCGCAGGAAGCUGAAACCACAAGUACGGCCCGUCUGCUGUUUGCACAGUGUGAUCAGUCCCUCUGAUGGAAAGAUCCUUAAUUUUGGACAAGUAAAAAAUUGUGAAGUGGAGCAAGUCAAAGGGGUUACUUAUUCUCUGGAAUCAUUCUUGGGACCUCGUGUCUGCACAGAGGAACUGCAGUUUAGCCAGGCCCCAUCUGGUAACUCUUUUCAGCAACAACUAGUCACAAAGGAGGGUAAUGAGCUCUAUCAUUGUGUCAUCUACCUUGCACCAGGGGAUUAUCACUGCUUCCACUCGCCCACUGACUGGAGAGUGUCACACCGACGUCACUUCCCAGGCUCUCUCAUGUCUGUGAAUCCUGGAGUUGCUCGUUGGAUCAAGGAGCUGUUCUGCCACAAUGAACGGGUUGUCCUUACAGGUGACUGGAAAUACGGCUUUUUCUCCUUAACAGCUGUAGGAGCAACAAAUGUGGGCUCCAUCCGCAUCUACUUCGACCGGGACUUGCAUACCAACAGUCCAAGUUACUCUAAAGGUUCUUACAAUGACUUCAGCUUCAUAUCCAACAACAACAAGGAGGGAAUCUCCAUGAGGAAAGGAGAACAUUUAGGGGAAUUUAACUUAGGCUCUACAAUUGUAUUAAUCUUUGAGGCACCCAAGGACUUCAAGUUCCACCUCAAAGCUGGACAGAAAAUCCGCUUUGGAGAAGCACUGGGCUCUCUAUGAAACUCUCCCCAAGAAGGCUUUCUGGACAAAGGGACUCUUACCACACCACUGAGUGUUUCACUUUACAAGCAUGUAUCACUCAGCAGGACCUGGGUGAGGAAAACAAAUGUCAUUGCUGUGUUGAACUUGAGAGUAUUUUG